AUGUUUACUUUCAAAGCAUUGUUAGAUGAGAAAGUAAAGAAUAGUACGGUUAAUUAUGUUGAUCAUCCUAUCGAAAUAGAUGAUGAUGAAGUAUCAGACCAAGAAGAUUUUCGAAGUGCUAAUGUGGAUAUUCGGAUUCAAGGAAAAAGAAAAAAAUAUGGUUUGUUUGGUCAAAUAAAUUCAAAUAAUCCUGAUCGAGAAGAUUAUUUAAGUGAUUCUGAUUUUGAAGUUCGGAGAGCAUUACUUGGAGCAUCGUUCGUUCAUAGUAUGAAGAAGUUAUUUUUUCACAGUCAUAUCAGCUUCAGUUUCAGUUUGUCUGUUCGUAAUUCACUUGAGCGAGGUUUUGAAAUCAAGAUCUACAUUUGA